AUGGAGUCUCUAGGCGCUGGUUUUCAGUGGCUGCCACCAGGUUCGAGCAAUGUACUCGACAUGGUAAAGCCGGCGACAUAUGGAGAUGCAGCCGCUCUGGCUGUCAUGGCAGCAGCAUCAGCAGCAUACACAUUACGCAAAUACACAUGGGAUAGGCCAGACCCAUAUGACUACAUAUGGUACGAGAGGCCACAAGCAAAUGAUGCCAAGGGAGGCGCCGCGAGGACGACGCGGAAUAUCGCUGAAAGGCUAGAUGAGCUUAACAGGCAAGUAGUCAUCUUCUGGGGUUCCCAGUCUGGGACGUCCGAAGGCAUCGCCAACCGGCUCGCGCGUGAACUGCACCAACACUUCCGACUUGAGGCUCUCGCCGCAGAUCUAUCAGAUUUCGACCCCGAAACAAUUGCACAAAUACCCAAAACCAAAUUAGCACUUUUCGUUCUCUCAACAUAUGGCGAAGGAGACCCUAGCGACAACACCACAUCUUUCUGGGAUUGGGCCAACAAGAUUGGUGAAUCUUCGCUACCCUCUCUUCAAUACGCUGUCUUUGGUCUGGGAAACAGUGACUACAAGUACUACAACCGCGUGGCUGAAGUCAUUGACAAGGCUUUGAAAAAGGCUGGAGCUGAACAGCUUCUUCCGCUGGGUAGAGCUGACGAUGCCCAUGGGACUACCGAGGAGGACUUUCUUGCUUGGAGAGACGACUUGAUGGAGUUUCUCGGCAAACAUCUUGGCCUAGAAUCGCAAGAUCUCAAAUACGAGCCGGUAUACAACGUGGUUGAAGACGAGUCCCUCGAGCCUCAAGAUUUGCACAUUGGCGAGCCUGUUGAGCCACGAGACAACAAUGGCAAAACUGCGGCGGCCAACAGCCCAAUUAGGCCCAUGAAGAUCAAGGCGUCGCGAGAACUUUUCUCCAACUCGAACCGAAACUGCCUGCAUCUUGAUCUCGACAUCACCGAGCACCCCCAGAUUAGCUACAAGACGGGCGACCAUUUGGCUGUCUGGCCCAUGAACCCCGAAGAAGAGGUGGAGCGCUUGAUCCGCGUGCUCGGUUUGUCGGCGCGUCGAAAUGUCCCCAUCUCCAUCACUUCUCUCGAUGCUGGCAGUAAAGUCCGCGUGCCAACUCCUACCACUGUUGAGACCCUAUUACGAAACUACCUUGAAAUCUGCGCACCGAUUUCAAGAAACACAACUCGAAGUCUCGCCGAGUUUAUCCCCGAGGGCGCUGCGAAAUCGUUCCUUCUCCAAGUCAGCAAAGAUAGAGAGACCUUUGCCAAGUUCAUUGCCAUGACCCACGUCAACUUUGGAAGACUCCUCCAAGUUGCCCUGUCACAAGCAGACGGUGCCUCUCCAUCAAUUCCCGUCUCUUUCCUCCUCGAAGUCCUCCCGCGGAUGCAGCCUAGAUUCUACUCCAUCUCGUCGUCCAGCGUCGUCUCUCCACGCGCGCCCUCGGUCACGGUUCUCGUCAGCAACUCCGAGGUUCCCGAAGACCCAUCCGCUGCACCGAUCCCCGGCCUCGCCUCCAACUAUCUUCUCGCCCUGACCAAUUCCUCCACCGCCGCGCAACACCCGGCCGGCCUCACUUAUCAGCUAUCCGGCCCCGGCGAUGCCCUCCAGAACACCAGCCUCUUUGCGCACAUUGUCCGGUCCAAAUUCAAGCUGCCCAUGCAGGCGUCGUGCCCCAUCAUCAUGGUGGCAGCCGGCACCGGCCUGGCGCCCUUCCGGGGCUUCCUGGCCGAGCGGGCGCGUCUGCAGGCCAUGGGCAAGCCCGUGGGGAACAUGAUGCUCUUUUACGGCUGCCGCCGCGCGGGCGAGGACAAUAUCUACGAGGACGAACUCGACGAGUUUGAGCAGAGCCUAAACGGCAAGCUGCGCGUCGUGCGCGCCUUUUCGCGGCCCGCCGCCGAGGACGGUGCUGCUGGAACCACCAGAGCCUAUGUCCAGGACAAGGUGCGCGAGCUCGGUGGAGAGGUCAAGAGGUUGUUGGCCGAGGAUGCGUCCGUCUAUGUCUGCGGUCGCGUUAGCAUGGCUCGCGAGGUCGAAAAGACGGUCUCUGGCAUGUGGUGCGCUGAGAAGGGCAUGGAUGAGGCGGCGACCAAGGACUGGAGCAACCGGAUGAAGAGGAAUAGAAAGUGGCAAGAAGAUGUCUGGGGUUGA